GGAAAAAUUAUUCAAAUACGAGAUUCAUGAGGUGGGUCCCGGCGACUUCAAGACAUCAUAUUCAUUACAAAAUCAGCAAUAACUUUGAAAAAGAGAGAGAGAGAGAGUCAGAGCCACUCUGUCUAAAAGAAUUCUGAAUUCUGCUCUGCUUUUUGAGUUUCAUUUUGAUCCGAAGAUGCCUCGUGGAACCCUUGAAGUUCUUCUUGUUAGCGCCAAAGGUCUCGAGGACUCCGAUUUCCUAUCUGGAUCGGAUCCUUAUGCGAUUCUCACCUACCGGACUCAGGAGAAGACAAGCGGCAUUGCAUCAGUUGAAGGAUCUUGCUCUGAGUGGAAUGAGAGCUUCCUCUUCUCCAUAUCCAGCGAUGUGACCGAGCUGAAGAUCAAACUAAUGGACAAAGACACAUUUACAGCAGACGACUUUGUUGGAGAAGCAACAAUUCCUCUGGAGCCUUUGUUUGUUGAAGAAAGCGUUCCCCCCAUGGCGUACCAAGUUGUGAAAGACGAGCAGUACUGCGGAGAGAUUAAAGUUGGCCUCACUUUCACUCCCCAGAGGAGUAGAGGCGGCGAGCUUGAAGAGGAGAGCCUUGGAGGAUGGAAGCAAUCAUCAUUUGAGGAGUGAGAAAGAUCUUCAGAUUAUGAGUCAGUUUGUGUGAACUCACAAUUCUUUGCAACUACUUGCUGUUUUUAUCAUUUAAAGGAACCUACUUUGUGAUGGAUUUCAGCAAUAUUGGUCGUCGUUGGUGUGCUUUUAUGCAUCUCAUUUUAUGCUUUCA